GAGCGGAUUUUCAUGGUAGCGGAGCCGAAGUGCUCCUGGGGCCCUUGGGUGGGCCCCGCUCCGUGUGGCCAAGGCCACUUUAUGCUCCUCGCCCUUGCCGUGCUGCCAGUGCUGUGGCGCCUGGUGGCGGCUGUUUCCUGGGGCCCGACCUCGUGACCUACUACCCGAUUCGGGAGGCGGUGCCGGGUGUGUUUUUGAAAGUUUUGGUCGCCGCCAAGGGAUUUUCCCCGCCCGCACCGAGUGGCUGGACAAUGGCGCAAGCUCGUGCAGUUUCAGAUGCGGCCCAGGCGGCCGCCCAAGCAACCCAGGCCGCGGAAGCUGUGAUGGCAAGCGCCCACGAGGCGCGGAGGAUAGAGGCCUUGUCGCGCUUUAUCCAGAAGCCGGACAUGUACCGGCCGGACACCCGCGAGCAGGAGAUCGACCAGUGGGUCGACUGGAGGCACGUGAUGCGCAACUACCUCGGGGUGAUCGACUCCAACUACCUGGUGGAGAUGGACCUGGUGGAGGCCGCAACGCACGAGGAGGUGGUGCGCGAGUACGAGCGCAUCAGCGGGAGCACCUACCCGGAGGACCUCAAGGUGAGCACGCUGGUGAAUGCAGCGCCGGGGCCCUUGCAAGUGCAACUGCAUAU